AUGGAAGGAGGAAAUCAAUCUGGAGUCUCUGAGUUCAUCCUCCUGGGACUUUCAGAUCAGCCUGAGAAGCAAAGGCUCCUAUUCUUCUUAUUUUUGGUUAUGUACCUGAUCACAGGCCUAGGAAAUCUCCUAAUUAUACUGGCCAUUAGCACAAACUCACGCCUCCAUACUCCCAUGUAUUUCUUCCUUAGUAACUUGUCCCUAGUUGACAUCUGCUUCACCUCCACUACCAUACCCAAGAUGUUGACAAAUCAUGUUUCUGGAAAGAAAGCCAUUCCUUAUGUUGAGUGCAUAACACAAUUAUUCUUCUUUGUUUUGUUUGGGGAGAUAGACAGUGUCCUUCUCACUGUUAUGGCUUAUGACCGCUAUGUGGCUAUCUGUGCCCCAUUACAGUACACCAUGCUCAUGACUCCAAAGAUCUGUGCUCUUCUAGUAGCAAUGUCUUGGUUUUGGGCUUACAUUAAUGCUUUGACACAGACUGUCCUAUUGACCCGACUCUCAUUCUGUGGCCACAAUGAAAUCCCUCAUUUUUUCUGUGACAUCAGUUCUGUGCUAAAAUUGGCCUGCUCAGACACCUUCAUCAAUGACGUAGUGCUCUUAGCAGUGGGAGGACUGACAGUCAUCAUCCCCUUCAUUGGUAUCCUUAUCUCCUACACUCGAAUUUUUGUGACUGUUAUGAGGAUCCCAUCAGCUUCGGGGAAGUGGAAAGCUUUCUCCACCUGUGGUUCCCACCUCACUGUGGUCUGUCUCUUCUAUGGGACAAUCAUUGGAGUAUACUUCAGCCCUACAUCCACCCACACAGCCCAACAGGACACAACAGCAGCUAUCAUGUACACGGUGGUCACCUCCAUGUUGAACCCUUUCAUCUACAGCCUAAGGAACAAAGAUAUGAAAGGAGCCUUAAGGGUGCUCUUCACUAGGAAACCAGGUCUCUCUCUAUGACUAUGAGAUAUACUCCUGGGUAUGGGUGAGUAGGACUCACAUAACUGCCCCAGUUAUUAAUAGAUUAGCAAUACUGCUUCUCAAGUCUGAGAAAAAUGAAGUCAAUUGCUCACUUCUCUACCAGUGGCAAAAUGGUGUGAUGAAAAGAAUAUGAGGCCCUUCAUCAGUAAGUUUGCUUACACUUCUAGUUCUAUCAUUUCCUAGCUGAACAAAUGUAUAACUUUCCUGAGCUUCCAUUUCCUCAUCUAGGAAACAAAAGGCCACUACAUAGGGACACUCAGGAGCACUAUGUAAAGUUCAACAAGAAAAAAAUAGCUGCAGGUUAUAGAUUUAGAGCACUGGGUACAGAAAGAUCAGUGGCCUUGCCUGGGAUCUCACAGUCUGGACAUGUGAGAGCUGAGCCUGGAACCCAGAUGUUCCAAGUUCU